AUGUUGGCGCCCCCGCACCGCGCCACUGCCGCCCUCCUGGACUGCGCCCGCCGGCUGGCCGCCGCCGUGCGCGUGGACGCUACCGCGGUCGGCUCGGCGCUGGCGGCUGCGCGCGUGCUCAAGGACUUGGAGGAGCAGCAGUACAACAAGGCGCAGGUGGCGGCGCUGCGUGAGCGGAUGGCGCGGCGCCUCAACGGCGACCGCGCGGCCACUGCGGCAGCGGGGGCGGCUGGUGGUUGCGAGGAGGGGCCGGAGGUUGCAGAGGGCGAAGAGGAACGCCAGCCGUGGAGCUAUGUGGUUGAAGAGCAUGAGCACGCAGCAGAGCGCGCCGCCAGGCGGCUCUCAGCGUCGCUGGCCGCACUGCAGGAGCUGCGGGCGCAGCGCGGCCUGCAGCAGCGGGCCUCGCCGGGCCCGCCGCCGCCGCCUUGUGCCCAGCCAGGUCAUGAGGCGGGGGCGCCUGGGCAGCUGCUGGAUUUCGGGAUGGCAGAGCCGCCUGCAGACUACGUGGAGGCUGCGGCCAACAAUGGGCCAAAGCCGUCCCCAUCAAAGCAGCACGAGCAGGCGCAGCAGCAAGAGGUGCCGGAGCAGCAGGAGCUGGGGCGGCAGCAGGAGCAACAAUGGCAGCAAGAGUUGGAGCGGCAACAGCAGCAGCAACGGCAGCAAGAGUUGGCGCUGCAACAGGAGCAGGAGCGACAGCGGAAGCUGCAGCAGCAACAGGAGCAGGAGCGACAUCAGAAGCUGCAGCAGCAACACGAGCAGGAGCGACAGCAGAAGCGGCAGCAGCAACAGGAGCAGGAGCAGCCGCCGACUCGGCGGCGCAUGUUUGGGGGAUUCAGCGGGCCCUGCGCACGGCCUGCUGAGGCGCACGCGUGCCAGCCCCCAUCCACCUCUCUGACGGAGGCGGCCGCCCUGGCGGCAGCCUAUGGCCGUGUUGCCGGCUCGACGCAGGCUGGCAGCGCCUUCUCGACCCUGAGCGGUGCCGCCGCACGUCACGAAUUGGUCAGCGGCGCCGGCGCAGCUGGUGUCGCUGGCGGGUCGCCGCAGGCCGGUGCCCCGCAGGUGCAUGUGACGCCGAGGCUGGACAAUGCACCGCGGCAGCAGCCGCAGGCGCAGCACGGCCUGCUGAUGCCGCAGCACCAGCGGCCGCCCUCACUGCACCAGCACGGGCACAUACAGCUGCAAAACGAGUGUCAGCAGGAGCAGCAGCAGCAGCAGCAGCAGCAGCAGCAGCAGCAGCAGCAGCAGCAGCAGCAGCAGCAGCAGCAGCAGCAGCCCAGGCUCCGCGGCGAGGAGGCCGCGGCGGAGGAGGAGCGGGACCCAAAGCGGCGUCGCACGGAUGGCGUGGCGGGGGCGCCUCACACGCGAGGGGAUGGCGGGCAGGAGGCGGUUGGCGCAAGUGGCCCCUGGACACAACUCCAUGACCAGCAGCAGCAGCAGCAGCAGCAGCAGGAGGAGGAGGAGGAGGACUAUCAGCGUUUGGUGGCUGCUCUCAGCACCGUGCCGCCGCAGGAGCGGCAGAGCCCAGGGGCGGCACCCGCGGCCGCGGCGGAGGGCGGCGGCGGCGACUUCAGCGCGUUUGCGGCGCCAGCGGCGCCCCGCGACCCCCGCCUCGGGCGCAGGCCGUCGCUAGUCGGGCAGGCGGCGACGCAGGCGGCGGCACUGGGGAUGUGCUAUAGUGCGCCGGUCCCCGGGGCGACAUGCGCGCAAUCGCCGCGCGAGUCUGAGCUGCUGCCUCCCUCCACCAGCCUGCCGGCGCGGCCGCCGCCGCGGGCGGCCUCGCUCGGCAGCUGCAAGCUGUGCAGACACGGCGGCACCGCGGCGUGA